AUGGAGAAGCUCGAUAUUUGGUUGUAUGUCAUUCGUCACUUCUCUAUUCUUAUCGAUGGUAGCCCUAAAGGCUUUUUUGGGGUCUCUAGGGGCCUUCACCAAGGUAACUUUGUGGGCUUUCAAGUUGGAGCUAAUGGCCUUAGUGUUUCUCACCUCCAAUACGCCGAUGACACAUUGAUAUUUUGCCAAGCAAAUGCUGAUCAGGUAUCUAAUAUUGCUCGCUUUUUAAACUAUUGUGAAGUAGCAAUGGGGCUCAAGGUUAAUUUCAAUAAGACCUCUCUUAUUGGUAUUAACUGUAAAGAGGAGUUGGUGAAGGAACUUGCUGAUGCUUUUGGGGUGUAA